CGUCUGCUGACUGCACUGUCGCUGCCGCCACUACCGCCGAGACUCGGACGGGCCGCUGUAGCCGUUUCUGUGGCUGUCGUUGCCGCCGCCGUCGCCAUGGCUCAGUACAAGGGCGCCGCGAGCGAGGCGGGCCGCGCCAUGCACCUGAUGAAGAAGCGGGAGAAGCAGCGCGAGCAGAUGGAGCAGAUGAAGCAGCGGAUCGCAGAGGAGAACAUAAUGAAAUCCAACAUCGACAAGAAGUUCUCUGCGCACUACGAUGCGGUGGAGGCGGAGCUCAAGUCCAGCACCGUGGGUCUCGUGACCCUGAAUGACAUGAAGGCCAAGCAGGAGGCGCUGGUGAAGGAGCGGGAGAAACAGCUGGCCAAGAAGGAGCAGUCGAAGGAGCUGCAGCUGAAGCUGGAGAAGCUGCGAGAGAAGGAGCGGAAGAAGGAGGCCAAGCGGAAGAUCUCUAGCCUGUCCUUCACCCUGGAGGAGGAGGAGGACGGUGGUGAGGCGGACGAGGAGGUGGCCGUGGACGAAGAGGAGCUGGGCAGGGAAGAGAUCACCACAAAGAAGAGGAAAUUGGGGAAGAACCCAGAUGUGGACACAAGCUUCUUGCCUGACCGAGACCGGGAGGAGGAGGAAAAUCGGCUCCGGGAAGAGCUGCGGCAGGAGUGGGAAGCCAAGCAGGAGAAGAUCAAGAGCGAGGAGAUUGAAAUCACCUUCAGUUACUGGGAUGGCUCUGGGCACCGGCGGACAGUCAAGAUGAAAAAGGGCAACACGAUGCAGCAGUUCCUGCAGAAGGCGCUUGAGAUCCUGCGUAAGGACUUCAGCGAGCUCAGGUCAGCAGGCGUGGAGCAGCUCAUGUACAUCAAGGAGGACUUGAUCAUCCCACACCAUCACAGCUUCUAUGACUUCAUCGUCACCAAGGCGCGAGGGAAGAGUGGACCUCUCUUUAACUUUGACGUUCACGAUGAUGUGCGGCUGCUCAGCGAUGCCACCGUGGAGAAGGAUGAGUCGCACGCGGGCAAGGUGGUGCUGAGGAGCUGGUACGAGAAGAACAAGCACAUCUUCCCUGCCAGCCGCUGGGAGCCCUACGACCCUGAGAAGAAGUGGGACAAGUACACGAUCCGGUGAUCGGUGGUCGUCCGCUGCCGCCAGCGCCCCCGCCCCGUGUUCCCAGGACUGCAGGCGACGGCUCCCCUCCGACCGUGCAACCAUGCGACCACGUCACCCUGUGGCGCUGUCACUUUUUUUUUUUACAAUAAAGAAAUGCACACGUCAGAGCUGGAGCACCUGCAUUGUGA